CUUUUUUUGUCAGUGGUCCUGAUUAUAAAACUUCAGAGUCUGAGGAAUCUGUUCUGAGUUGUUGACACUCAGAUUCAAACACAAACAGCCACAGAGACACAAACUCGUCCUGCAGCCUGGAAUGCUGCAGAUCUGGAGACACUCCGGCUUCUCUUAGUGGGCGGAGCCAAAUGACGUGUCACAGUGACAUCACUGACAGCAGAUUUACAUUUUUUUUUAAACCAGCAAGAUCAGAAAAACCAGGAAAAACUCAGAGCAGGUAAUUCUGGGUCUAAUAUUAGGCCUGUUAGUCAGACAGCUGGAAAAAGAUGGGAGAACAAACAAUAAGAAAUACACAAUUUAUUUACUUCUGUCCUCAGAUCAGUAAUUUAAUGAAAACAUAAAAUAAAUGAAAAAUAAAAGAUGAUAAGGUCAGAGGUCAUGAUUGGUUAAACUAAACCUUUAGCACCUGAGAUGAAAGUGGCUCUCAGUAAAAGUCCUCAUUAAGGCCCCGAACCUUCAGGCUGACAUCACUUGAUGCAGAACAGCCAGAUGAGCUGCAUUCCUCAGCUUCACUCCUCCUCUUCCUCCUCCUCCUCCUUCCUGGAUGAAGUUUGUGUUUGAACGUUUCGGUCGCAUUCAUUCAGCCGCCCAGCCAUCCUCCACUCAGCCUGAACAGAGAAGAUUGAACAGGAAGGUCGCGGUCGGGUCGGGAUGGAGCUGAAGGUCUGGGUGGACGGGGUCGUCAGGGUCGUCUGCGGCCUUUCUCUCAACACUUCCUGUCAGGAAGUCGUCAUCUCUCUCGCUCAGGCCAUCGGCCAGACGGGUCGGUAUGUUCUGAUCAGGAAGUUUCGGGGCUCGGAGCACCCUCUGGUUGCUGAUGACUGUCCGAUGCAGCUGCUGGCUCAGAUGGGUCAGCUGGCUGCAGAGGUCCAGUUCGUCCUGCGGAAAACCGGCCCCAGCCUCAGCGAAGGGCCACACAAACCCAGCAAGGAGAGCCAGCGCCCCCUGCUGGUGCCCUCAGAACCAGAACCUCAGCAUAAGGGCCCUCAGAAAGCCCUCUCCUUCAACCUGGGCCCCUCAACGUUUCCCAGGAGGAACAGACCCAGCAGGAACUGGUCUCCCAGUCUGGAGGAAUCAGCAGAAGAGAAACAUUCUGAUCCUGAGAAGGAGGAGAUGCUGAGGCAGAUCCUGCAGCAGCAGAAGAUGCUGCAGGACCUGGAGGCUCAGAUAGAAGCUCUGGAGAAAGACACCGAGUUAUUUGAGCAGAAGGUCACGACCUCUGCUGCUCCUGAUCCGAUUCCGGACCUGACAGACGACCUGCAGGAGCUGGAGUACCGGCUGAAGCAGUACGAAGUGGAGCUGAUGUACGGAGAAAACUGGGAGCAGGAGCUGAAGGUGGAGCUGGAGAGGGAGCAAGACAUGCAGAGACGCCUGGAACAGAUUCACUCCUCUAUAGACGACCAGAGUUAUGAGAUCAAGGUGCUCCAGAGCCGCUCCGACCACCUGCAGCAGGACCUACAGGACCGGGCCCAGACAAGCGACCCGAGCGCCGAGGAGGAGGAGGCCCGGCUGACCGACGAGGCCCUCAGGUCGCUGACCCAGGAGCUCCACAAGCGGCUGCAGCUGGGGGAAGAUCUGGACGCGGCGCUGGCUGAGACGCAGUGGAAGCUGCAGACGGCAGAAGAAACGGUAAAGGACAGACUGCAGCUGAUCGAUGGGCUGAAGAAGGAGCUGAGGCAGUGUGACCUGCAGCAGUUCAUCCAGCAGGCCGGUGGGAACCCGUACGCCGACCAGGCGGGUCCGCUGCCUGUCAGCGAAGUUCACCUCAGCAAGACUCGCGUCAGGAAGUAGCAGCAGCCGGAGCGUCAAUAGGAACCAGAAGGAGAAACCUUGAAGUCCCGUUAAUGUGUGUGUGAGUGUGUGAAUGUUGUGUUUGUUGUAAAAACACAUGAAAAUAAAUUAAAUAGACUAUUUCUUUAAGAGUUUACAGUUGUUUAGCCUGUAAUGUCACUUUUUAUAUGUAAAAAUAAAGUUUUUUAUUCCAUCUCUGAAA